UAGCCUUCUGUUGAGUCUUCAAGCCCAGGAGGUUCAGCAACAUCUGAUGACCAUGAAUUUGAUCCAUCAGCUGAUAUGCUGGUGCAUGACUUUGAUGAUGAACGGACAUUAGAAGAGGAGGAAAUGAUGGAAGGAGAAACAAACUUCAAUUCUGAAAUAGAGGAUCUUAACAGGGAAAGUGAUAUGCCAAUCCAGGAGCUACUUAGCCGUUACGGCUAUGAUGGUACCAUUCCACUCCAAGAAGAUGAUGAUGAUGAAGAUGAUGAUGAAGAAGAGGAGGAGGGAGAAGAUGAUGAUGAUGUUGAUAAUGAUGACAACAGUGGCUGUAGUGGUGAAAACAAAGAGGAGACCAUAAAAGAUUCAUCAGGUCAGGAAGAUGAGACACAGUCAUCUAAUGACGACCCAGCACCAUCUGUUGCUUCUCAAGAUCCACAGGAGAUAAUUCGCCCUCGUCGAUGUAAAUAUUUUGAUACAAAUAGUGAAAUAGAAGAGGAAUCUGAAGAAGAUGAAGAUUACAUUCCCUCGGAAGACUGGAAAAAGGAAAUCAUGGUAGGCUCUAUGUUUCAAGCUGAAAUUCCAGCUGGCAUAUGCAAAUACAAAGAGAAUGAAAAAGUGUACGAAAAUGAUGACCAGCUGCUGUGGAAUCCUGACUUCUUACCUGAAGAAAAAGUGAUUGAGUUCCUAAAUGAAGCAUCAAGGCGUACGGGAGAUGAGAAAGGCCUAGAUGCAAUUCCUGAAGGAUCACACAUUAAAGACAAUGAGCAGGCAUUGUAUGAACUCGUUAAGUGCAAUUUUGAUACUGAAGAAUCAUUACGAAGGUUGAGAUUUAAUGUAAAAGCAGCCAGAGAAGAAUUAUCUGUUUGGACAGAAGAAGAAUGCAGGAACUUUGAACAAGGACUGAAAGUCUAUGGCAAGGAUUUUCAUGUGAUUCAGGCAAAUAAGGUACGAACAAGAUCAGUUGGUGAGUGUGUAGCAUUUUAUUACAUGUGGAAGAAAUCAGAGCGUUAUGAUUUCUUUGCGCAGCAGACCCGAUUUGGAAAGAAGAAAUACAAUCUUCAUCCUGGUGUAACAGAUUAUAUGGACCGUCUCCUGGAUGAAAGUGAAAGUGCUGCUUCCAGUAGAGCUCCGUCCCCUCCUCCUACAACUUCCAACAGCAGCACCAGCCAGUCUGAAAGGGAAGACAGCACAACCAGCAACAGUAAUCAGAAUGGGGUGUCUGCUAAUGGGCCAGGUGAGAUACCAAAUAAAGAUGAAGCAAAAAUUGAAGGACUGCAUGUAAAUGGACCUACCAGUGGCAAGAAAACACCUCACACAGAUCUGGAUACAAAUGGGUAUGAAACUGAAAACCUUUCCAUUGACCCAAAACUUGCUCAUUCAGCUUCAAGAAACGAAAAUGAUUUUGAAGAAAAAAACGAAAGACCUUUAAAAAGAAGAAGAAUUAACAGCAAUGGGAAAGAGAGUCCAGGUUCUUCAGAGUUCUUCCAAGAAGCAAACUCACAUGGGAAGCUUGAAGAACUAGAAACUUUGGAUGACUGAAUACGAGGAGCUGAUUUUAUUCCUUGGAGUAAAUUUUGGGUGUCUAAAAUUUUCAGGGUUGAUGGGUUACCUUACAAAAUCCAGUUCCAUAAAACAAUCUGCUGAGAUUUUUUCUAUACACCUUCUAGUUGGCUCUUACGAUCUGAUUGUUUGGUUUUUUUUCAGUGCUGAAAAGCAGUAGGAGAAUAUUCCAUUUCUCAGAGCUGGCAACUGUAGUUCUGGGAACUCUUAAGGCUCUUAAAAAUAUUUGAGAAACAAAUCAGUGAGUUUCUGCAAAAAUACUCCCAGCCUAAUACAUUAAAGAAACUUCUGUGUGUAAUACACCAUUUAAGCAUUGUACAAGUGAACAAAACAUCCUAUUUGAAGCAGGGGGCUGGUUCAAAUGUUGCAGGAAGUUAAAAUGAAAUACAGAAUGCCAAGACACACAUCAGAGUAGGCACAGAGACUUCCACUCAUGCUAGCGAGAGGAAAGUGUCAUCCCACUGUUAAGGAACCCUUAUGAAUCCUGAAAGUUAUGAGCACAACUAUUUUUAUAUAUAGAAGUUUUAAAAGGUAAAUAAAUAAACCAGGUCAGGUUUGUGUAUGUAAAAUUGUUGACAUCAAUGAUGUCUUUCCAUAUUCUUUAUCUGGGCUAAAGAAAUACAUUCUGUAUUUUUCCAGAUUUCUUUGUAGCCUUUGAAAGAUUUUUACAGUACUUAUGUCUUGAUUGAACUGUCCUUUCUUAAAACAAAAGCUUGUAUAAUUUUCUUAACUUGUACAGUUGGUAAACUUUUAUGAGAGAAUUGAUAUCCUGAGUCUAAUGUCAGCUUCAUUUUAUUUUGCUGAACUCUUUUCUAA